GGAAUGGCAGUCAGGGGUCGGAUGGGAUGUUUGGGCCACGGGGGCAACCAGGGCUCCAGGGACCCAUGGGCUUUAAAGGAGAAGAUGGUUUGCAAGGGGAGAAAGGUGAUGAGGGUUUCACUGGUGAGCCUGGACCACGUGGAGACAGUGGAGAGACUGGGAUAAAGGGAUCUAAAGGGGAACCAGGAGACGAUGGACCCACUGGACCACCUGGUCCUUCAGGUAACAGGGGUACUCAGGGGCUGCCUGGACCUCCAGGACCACAGGGAGACUCUGGAGAUGAUGGAGUGAAGGGUCCUCCAGGGCUGGUGGGGGCUCCAGGGGCCACGGGUGGGAUAGGACCACCGGGACUCAAUGGGUCUGAGGGGGAUCCAGGUCCAACUGGUCCACGAGGUCGUACAGGCCCUCGAGGGCCAUCAGGAUUAAGAGGAGAGACGGGCUCACCUGGACCUGCAGGAACUCAGGGUCAACCAGGCGAUGAUGGUCCCACUGGUCCAAAAGGGGAAGUUGGGGAACUGGGACCUGUGGGAAACAAAGGGCUUCCUGGUAUUGAAGGGCCUAUGGGGAUGCCUGGAAGUCCUGGUCCAAAAGGAUAUGCAGGUGUCAAAGGCUUCAGAGGACAGGAUGGAGACCACGGACAGGCUGGAGUCAAAGGAGACAGAGGCUCACAAGGUACUCCAGGAAUCCAGGGUCGUCGGGGAGAGAGAGGUGAAAGUGGCACCUCAGGCCCUCCAGGGGUCAGAGGUCAACCUGGGCCCGGAGGAGACGAGGGUGAAGACGGGGAAGUUGGUCUCCAGGGAGCAGUGGGGAACCAGGGGCCAAAGGGAAAUAGAGGCAGUCCAGGUCAAAGUGGGACGUCGGGACUGAAAGGGCAAAGGGGUCAUCCAGGACGCCCUGGUGUGGUUGGUCUACCUGGCAUCCAGGGUUUCAAAGGCAGAGUUGGGACUGAGGGACCAGAAGGAAAGCCUGGUACACAGGGUGCUGUCGGUUCUGUUGGCUCUUCCGGCCCCAAGGGAGACAGAGGGUUUCCAGGUGUGGCUGGUGAACCAGGACUGACGGGUCCUCCAGGAGCAAGAGUCGUUGGAAAGCCUGGAGACAAUGGAAUCCCUGGACCACCUGGGGAGAGGGGCUUCACUGGAAAACCAGGGCUGAUGGGCCCCCAGGGUCCAGUAGGCAUGUGUGGUUACCCUGGAGCCGUGGGUCAGCCCGGGGGACCGGGCCACAUGGGACAAAGGGGAGACGCUGGAGUCAGAGGACUUCCUGGCAGCUCAGGAAAACGUGGCCCUCCAGGUCUGCGGGGUGUUUCUGGUGAGGGAGGCUCUGUAGGACCACAGGGCCGCAGAGGAGAGUUGGGGCUCAAGGGCACUCGGGGGCUGCCAGGCCCUCCAGGAAAACCAGGAUCAGCGGGCAGCAUGGGGAGCCUUGGUCCCCCAGGGAGUCAGGGGCCACCGGGGCCACCAGGGUUGGUUGGUCCUAGAGGGUUUCCAGGAAAAGCCGGCAUUACUGGAACUAUGGGUCAGUCAGGAGAGGAAGGACACCAGGGAGCCACAGGUUCUGCUGGUGAUGCUGGUGCUCCAGGUCUGGACGGGCAGCAGGGUUCUCCAGGACCAGCUGGUGAAGAAGGGAUUCCUGGAACUAAAGGUGAAAAGGGACCUCCAGGCCCCCAAGGACCACCAGGACUCAGGAGACCGAAGGGAGAGCCAGGACCGCAGGGCUCCCAGGGACUGCAGGGUGAGCCUGGCCAGAGGGGAAAAGAGGGAGAUGUUGGAGAGUGUGGUGUUCCUGGGGCGACGGGUGCUAAGGGAGCAAAGGGAUUUGUUGGAAGUCAUGGCCCAUUAGGAUCCCAGGGACCUCGAGGAGUGCCGGGCAUUAGAGGACUGAGAGGAUCAAAAGGAGAAAAGGGUUAUGAAGGCUUCACGGGUGAAGCUGGGCUGAGGGGGACACUUGGACCAGCAGGUUUAUCAGGACUACGGGGGUUUCCAGGUAUUUUUGGGAUUAUUGGACUGCAUGGAAAACCAGGACCAAAGGGAGACACGGGACCUGCUGGUUUGACGGGUGACAAAGGAAGUCCAGGUCCUAAGGGGGCAAACGGAAACCGAGGUGUGAAAGGUGACAUGGGAAAGCCUGGACCACUGGGUUCUAAAGGAGCCACAGGGAGACAAGGUGAUCCUGGUGCAAAGGGCUUUUCUGGACCUGAUGGGCUGAGAGGAGAGCCUGGAGAGAAAGGGAGGCCAGGAGAGAGCCUUGAUGGACUGCAUGGAAAAAAAGGACCUCCAGGAUUACCAGGACCUCAGGGUACUGAGGGUGAGAUGGGACUUCAGGGCCCUGCUGGUCCUCAGGGACUUCAGGGACCAAAAGGUGGACCUGGACAGGAAGGACGAAAAGGACAAAAAGGUCAAAAGGGAGAUGACGGCACAAGUGGACGUCCAGGGAAGACUGGACGCGCUGGGCGGAGGGGGAAAAGAGGGAAAGCUGGAAACAGAGGUCUCAGAGGAAGUGGAGGAGAAAAGGGGAAGACGGGUGAUGUGGGUCCAUUUGGUCCUCAGGGAAGACAUGGUGCAUAUGGUGAAACUGGGCCUCGUGGAGAAAAAGGCGAAAUGGGUCGACCAGGCUUUAAGGGAAUAUCUGGAGAUCCUGGAGCACAUGGCCUUCUUGGUCGACAAGGGUUAAAGGGAAUGAAAGGCUCGUCUGGAGAGCCAGGAAGAGCUGGAGAGAAGGGAGAGCAGGGUGAUAUCGGCCUGCCAGGUGGACGAGGGUCCCCCGGCCUACCUGGGCUGCCUGGUUUGUUUGGACAGAAGGGUUUGAAAGGGUUUUCUGGACCAUCAGGCCUCACAGGGAGGAAAGGUUUACCUGGCCCACCUGGACCUCCUGGACCCCCGGGGACGUCCCUGAACCUCACUCUGACUCAGCUGAAGGAUCUCAUGUACGUGUCAGACAAACCCAACCGUGCGCUGGUGCAGGCUCUGCUGGACUCCCUUCAGGGUGAGCUGCACUGGUUCAUAAAUCCACCAGAUGGCAGCAAACAACACCCUGCGACCACAUGUCUGGAGCUGUGGCUGGCUUUCCCCAACUCCACUAAUGGGCUGUAUUACAUUGAUCCUAACCAGGGAAGCCCAGCUGAUGCUUUCCAAGUGUACUGUGACUUCACAGCAGAACCAAAGACGUGCCUGUCUCCACUCCAGCCUCAGGUUCCCAUAAAAGCUUGGCUAAAGGAUUCGGGCACAAAUAUGUCAUUUCACUGGUUGAGCACAGUUGACGACGGCUUCCAGUUUGAGUAUCCAGGAGGAAGAGACGUGGUGCAGAUGAGGUUUCUGCGACUGAACAGCAGGUUCUCCUCUCAGACCAUCACAUACUCCUGCUCGCCAGGAGGAAGACGGAGCCACACAGAGAGGGACGUCAAGUUCCUGGCUGACACUCGGAGGCAGAGUUACCUGGGAGUGCUGCAAGACUGUGUGAUGUCAGAGACUCCAGAGUCAGGAGGCCAGGAAUCAGUUUUUCAGUUUGAAAGUGAAGACCUCCUCCUGCUGCCUCUAAGAGACCUGGCAGUGUUUGGAAACCAAGAGCUAACCUGGGAGUUUGGCUUCACGAUAGGACCUGCGUGCUUCAGUUAGAGACGCCCAGCGUCUCUCAGCAUGAUCGUCUGCAGCGUCAGACUCCGAGCGGUGCACUGAGAUGAAGCGAAGACACUCUUUACACUAAAUAAUCAACAGUGAAGUAGGAAGUCUAUGUAACAUUAGACCACAGUUUCAAAAUUAGAAAAGUAUUCAUGCUUACAUUAAUGAACGAUUCUCAGUCAAAAUCAGCAUGGAGGCAUGUAGACCAGGUGGUUUGCUGCUCUUUCUCUUUGAAUGGACAGGUGACGAGCGUCAUGGGUUAAACCUCGUGUCUCCAUUUGCUGCUUUAGAACUGUUCUCUGCUCAAAUCAGGCAUCAGUAUUUAAAGAGGCUUAGUCCCCACCUCUGCACCUCGGCAGAUGGAUAAAUCACGUCUAAAAUGUCAAUAAAAUCAUAAAUAUUAGCGGCAGUGUUAGUGUCGUCAAAUAAAAUCACAUUAUGUAAUGUGAUUCAAGUGUGUGUUAUGUAAUUUACUGAUAUUACCCCCCUGGAUAUAAAAGCACCGCUAACACACUGCUAAUAGGAAAAGCAAACAAAAACCUGAAAAAAUAAAUACAACCUCAUCCCUUCAUAUCACGGACAUGCCGUAUCACACGGACUAAUAUGAUCACAGGACCGUGGUCAUUUGCGGUGGAAUUCUUUACUUUACAAAUUACAGGAAUGGACUAUUCACACAGGAUUGAGAUCAGAGAUUAGUACAUAUUACUAGAGUUUCUCAGGUGAUGCUAAUCCCAUGUUUGUAGAUACUCUGAGAAACCUCACGUACCCCAUUCCGCAUGUCUCUCGGUAAAUGAAAAUGAAAUCAGGGCUCGAGGUGUUUAGUUUAACAAACUGAAUAAACCAAUAUGUGACGGUGUGUCGCAUGUAGUCUUGGCUAAUAACUUUGUCGUUCUCAACACACAGUAUUUAAAUGCUUAAAGCUUUAACAGAGGCAGCAACAAUGUAGUUUAGGGAGUUAAUCCCCCUUAAUCCCAUGUGUGGCAGCAGGUCUGCAAACAUUUCUACCACUCCUCUGCUCUCUAUGUUCUAUAGAUUUUUGUUUUUUGUUGCCUCGACAAGGCAAUUUUCUUUAAAAGCCGUCGUCUUUGUAGAUUCUGACCAAGGACUGACUGGGUGAGCUGUGUAGAUGAAGUUUCCUCUGCACACGAAGGACAUUUUCAACCUCAAUGUCUUGAUGUUUGUUAACUUAAUUUGUUUGUGUUCUUGAUUAUUUAUGUAAGUGUUGAUUGAAGACCUUGAUUUAAUCAUUUUAAUUCUGUUACAUUGUGACUUGAUCAUUGUAUUGAUGAUGAUGAAUGGGCCAUGCUACGAAGAUGAUACGAUUGUCCAAAUGUGAUAAAUGAUUGAGAUUACAUCAUUCAUAACAUUAUCAAAUAUGAGAUGCAUAUUUUUCUUAAGGGACCAAAAUAUCCAAGUGUGUAUUUUAUUGUACACUUCUUACAGAAAUAUUUGGCUGUUUAGCAAUUACUGCUAACUGUGUUCGCCAGCUUCUUUGUUACUAUGACAACCUGUGCUCAUGUCAGUUAUAAAUGCAGCUUUUAAGAUUGUUUCCUCUUUUAGGUAUGGCUCAACAGGUUUACAGGGUCUAUAACAAGCUAUGUAAUACAGAAUUGUACAUUAUGGUAAGUUUUAUUUCCUAAUGCUUGAUGACACAUUAAGUAGAUUUAGUUUGCUUAUUGUUUCACUCAGGGAAGCCCAGCCCCAUCACAUGUGUGCAAUCUUUAUUACUCCCAAACCAUCGUCUUUAGCAUAUUUGCACACAACUCGUAUCAAUAAAACCACAUUACGUGGUGUUAUGUGGAACUAUGCUGUGUGCCUGUUAUUGUAUGUAGUUAAAAGUACUUUCUUAUCUGUGUUCUUGCCCAAAAUACAUUGGGAUGUCUGUAUGUACUGUUUAUUAACACAGUGAGAACUACAGCUCCUCUGCAGGUGUAUAUUACUUUCUCAUCUUCAUACAAAUGUUGAUAGUAUCUCUAUAUGUAAUAAAUGAUUGAUCAAA